AUGACUGACUCAGAACUUGACAACAUGGUGAUAGCUAUAAAAACCCAGAUGCCCAAUGCAGGGUACAACCUGAUAAUAUUUGGUGGAGUUGAUGGAUUUUCCAGAAAGGUCCUGUAUUUGGAUGCAGCAACCAAUAACCGUGCCAGUACAGCAUUCUCCUUUUUCUUUGAGGCCACCCAGCUCCAUGGUGUUCCAUCAAGGGUUCGCGGAGAUCAAGGAGUUGAAAAUUUGGACAUCGCCUACUUCAUGUUUGCGAGACGUGGAACCGGCCGAGCUAGCUUUAUCUCGGGAAAAAGUGUACACAAUCAAAGAAUCGAACGGAUGUGGCGAGACGUGUGGAUGGCUGUCACCUGCAUAUUUUAUGAUGUGCUUCACACACUGGAGGAAGAUGGUCUCCUGGAUAUUUCCAACACGGUGCACCUUUUCUGCGUGCAUUAUGUCUUCUUACCUCGCCUUCGAGCAGCGUUACACGUCUUUGCAGCAGGUUGGAAUAACCAUCCCCUCAGGACAGAGGGAAACCACACUCCACAACAGCUCUGGCAUAUGGGGCAACUCAACACUCCAGAGGAAGAGGAAAAUCUUGAGGAACUGCAAAACCAAGAUCUACACUGGGAGGAUGCCCUGAUGACUCCUGAGACCUCUGUCAGUGGAGUUCAGGUCCCAGAAUUUGAGGUGCCUCUGGCUGAUGAAGAUCUGGCAGCACUUCAGUCUGUGAUUGACCCUCUAACUGAUUCAGAUUCAAAUGGCUGUGACCUUUAUAUCCAGGUGCUAAACUUUGUUAGACUAAACAAUUCAACACCCGUUGAUUAGGCAAUUAAGUGUCCUUAAGCACAAACAUCUCGAACAUCCUACAUGUAAUUGGCCAUAAACUAUAUGCUACAAGUCACAUUCCCUUUACAUUUGUUAAUUUCAUCCUUGGGCAAAGGUUUAACAAAAUAUGGCCGGCCAGCCAGCUUUCGCCAUUUUUAAGACAGGGUUACCAAUGUUCCAGCAAACCAAAUUCUGUUUUGUAUAUGAAAUUCAAUAUUUUUUUUUCUGUGA